ACAGAGCUCAUUCGAAAUUCGAAAAUUGAAGGAAAAAGUUAAAGGAAGCUUCACACAAAACUAAAAAAAAGUAUUUUCUUUGUCUAGACAGAAUCGUGAAUAAAAGAAAAGGAAACAAAAAUGUCGAUUGUACCACUUUUGCACUUGGCCCGUGAGUUGGACCACGAUUACCGCAGCGACUGGGAGCAUUUGUUGGAGGAUGAUUUCGGUUUCGGGGUCCAUGCCCACGAUCUGUUCCAUCCACGCCGUCUGAUUUUGCCCCACGGAUCCCUGGGUCGUCGUCGCAUUGCGCCCUACGACCGCCAUCAUGGCGGCCAUCAUCAUCAUCAGUUAGUGCCACGUCGUUCGUCGGGCGGCCCCAAUUCUUUGCUACCGGCCGUGGGCAAAGAUGGCUUCCAGGUUUGCAUGGAUGUGUCGCAGUUUAAGCCCAAUGAACUUUCGGUCAAGGUAGUGGACAAAACCGUCGUGGUGGAGGGCAAACACGAGGAGCGAGAGGAUGGACACGGAAUGAUCCAGCGCCACUUUGUGCGCAAGUAUACCCUGCCCAAGGACUUUGAUCCCAACGACGUGGUGUCCACCGUGUCCUCCGAUGGAGUGCUGACCUUAAAGGCUCCCCCUCCCCCCAACAAGGAGCAGGCGAAGUCGGAGCGCAUUGUCCAGAUCCAGCAAACUGGUCCUGCCCACCUAAGCGUUAAGGCUCCCGAAUCCGCAGAGGGAAAAACCGAAAAUGGCGGCGGCGAGAAAAUGGAGACUGGCAAAUAAAGAAGUGGAAAAGCAGAAACCAAUAUUCGCUGGCGAAGAAGGAGAAGAAGAAUUUAAAGCAGAAACGGGAGUGUUGCAGCGCUGCUCGGAGAGUGCAAGACUAAGAAAAGGACACCACAAAACACACCCAAUGUAUUACUCUCACACAAACACACACAUCAUCACACCUUAGACCUAAGCGAUUUUAAAUCUCCAUUCAUCAUAAAGAAAAAAAAACCAUUUUAGUCUGUACGAUUAGGAUAAAAACUGGAGAAUCCAAUGCUCCCUCUUUUUUGAGUUGAUUCAUUUUGUAACAUGAACAGCCGCAACACUCGAGAGAAUUUCGCAUUUAAUUUGUCCAUAAAUAAAAUAAAAUAUACGAAAAAGAAA